UGAGCAUUUGUGGGCUCUUAACAGAACACAGAUAUGUAGAACUCUUCUUGAAUUCUACAGCAGGAGCAAGUGGUGGUGCUUUUGGUAGCCAAAUGAUUGGAGACAUGGGCUUGCCAAACCAGUCCAGUUACGGUGGCCCAGCCAGCCAGCAGCUGAGUGGUGAUUAUGGAGGCGGAUGUGGUGGCCAGAGCAGCAUGAGUGGAUACGACCAAGUUUUACAGGAAAACUCCAGUGAUUUUUCAAUCAAACAUUGCAUAGGUAACCAAGGAGCAAUGAACAGCAGCUACUACAGUAGUGGAAGCCGUGCAUCUAUGGACGUGAAUGGAAUGGGAGGGAUGUCUAGUAUGUCCAGUAUGAGUGGUGGAUGGGGAAUGUAAUUGCUCGAUCCUGAUCACUGACUCUUGGUCAACUUUUUUUUUUAAAAGAAAAAAAAACUUCAGUUUAACAGUUUCUGCAAUACAAGCUUGUGAUUUAUGCUUACUCUCUAAGUGGAAAUCAGGAUUGUUAUGAGGACUUAAGGCCCAGUAGUUUUGAAUUUUUUUUGAUCCUACUAUCUAGGAUGUAACAGUAAAGCUGAGUAAACUAUAACUGUUAAACUUAAGUUCCAGCUUUUCUCAAGUUAGUUAUAGGAUAUACUUAAGCAGUAAGCGUAUUUAGGUAAAAGCAGUUGAAUUAUGUUAAAUGUUGCCCUUUGUCACGUUACAUUGAACACUGGAUGCAUGUUGAAAGACAUGCGUUUAUUUUUUUUGUAAAACUUAAUAUAGGAGCUGUGCCUACAAUUAAAAGUAAAACAUUUUGGCAUGUUUGUUCUAGUUUCAUUUAGUAACCUGUGAGGCACAUAAGUUUAAGCUUUUUUUUUUUUAAGUUAAUGGGAAAAAGUUGAGAUGCAAUACCAAUACUUUAGGAUUUUGGUCUUGGUGUUUGUGUGAAAUUCUGAGGCCUUGAUGUAAAUCUUCCAUUGUAGUGUGAUUUCCUUUUAGGUAUAUAGCGCUAAGUGAAACUUGUCAAAUAAAUCCUUCUAAAAACUGCA